AUGACUUUGUUUCGAAUGGGUCUUCUAGAGAGCAAUCCUGCCGCUUGCGAGUGUUUGAAGACGAUGGGCGUUCUCUCCGAUUUCACCGUGCAAGAGGUGUACUCUCUUUUGCGUCAUGAAUCUCAGAAGCCUCCCUAUCCUGAAUGUGUUUCUCCAUUCUACUCAUAUAAUAAUGCGCGCAAGGAAUACAAGGUUGACGAGAUACUCGAUGAGCUCUGUGAAGCCCAGCUUGUGCUACGCCGACUCCCGUCCACUGAGCCGUUUGCUUUGAUCGAACCUCUUUCUGUCAGUUUAGGAGUUCGUCUCUGGGUUCGGAAUCUUUCUAUCUCCGAGCGAAUUAAGGUGGCCAAGCAAGCCAUCGGCAUGGUUGCGGAGUUACGCAGUCUUGUCAAUUUUCAAGAUUUGUAUUCUCACAUGAGGAAUACAUGGCUUUAUACAGAACUUGCUCCCUCCAGUCGUGAUAACAUCGAAUUAAGGGUUCUCUAUGAAUGGUUGAGUGUUUUUCGUAUCGCCGGCGACUCGGAGCUUGUCAAAAGCAUUUCGACAGUCAUUCUCAAGAGGGAUAUUGAACAGAAGUCUCAAUAA